AUGAGCCAGCUCUGCCUCUCCAUCGCCCUCCUCGUCCUCCUGGGCACCCUGGUGGCCGGCACACCGGGAGGUGAAACCAGCAACCAGGUCCAAGCCCUGCGCCCUGCCUUCUGCCUGGAGCCUCCCUACACGGGUCCCUGCAGGGCCCUGUUCAUCAGAUACUUCUACAACGCCAAGUCUGGGCUCUGCGAGACCUUUGCUUACGGUGGGUGCAGAAGGAAGCAGAACAACUUUCUGGAUAAGGAGGACUGCAUCAGCACCUGUGGUGGCCGCAACAGGGCCCGGGCGGGCAUUACCGGGAGACCCCUGAGUCUCAGAAUGGGAACCCCUGUGUCUAGCCCUUGGCCUCCUGCUGCCCUGCCCACGGGCCCCAGGAGGGAGGUGGGGAAGCAGGAGCGGACAAGCGUCCAGCUGCAGCUGGUCGAGCUGCACCGGCCUGGAAGCAGCUUAGGUUCCUAG